AACUUUCCAAAUCAAAAUUUGACCGGAGACCCACAGAUUUUUAGAAGAAAAAAAGUAUAAAGAAACCCUCGGUCACCAUAUGCGACACAAAAUAUGAUACUCCCCCGCGGCCACAUCAUAUAUCACAUAAACUGUCGCCUAAAAUUCUAGAAAUAUACCAUCCAGAAGAUGGAUAAGAGGCCGGAGACGAAAUGAGGAGUGAGAAGAAAAGGCAACGCGCUUGACUCCAAGCGACGACCGCCGAAUCAAAACUGGCGCAAGGAAAGAUAUCAGGAAACUCCCCUACCUCUCACCUUCCAGUGGCAUCUCCCUCUCAUUCCUCUUUGUAGUCAAAAACUCUCCCACCAAACCCUAAUUCUAACCCUAACCCCAACCCUAAUCCUCUUCUUCUUCUUCCAGUAUUCGAUCGAUUGGACAGGAAAGGAUUCGGAUUCCCACCACGCCACGGAGGUGAUGCCUCUCCCGGCCUGGAUCGCUGCCAUAGCCGCCUCGGCGAUCGUCGUCUCCCUCCUCUUCACCCUCAUCCUCCUCCUCUGCCGCCGCGACCGGAAUCCCGCCUCCAGUCAUUGGCGCCGUCCCUCCCAGUUCGCCGCCCCCCCUCCUCCUUCGUCGCCGCCGAAGACCGCCUCCUUCGAUCCAUCCCUCGACCACAUGUCCCUCAACGAGCUCGCCGCCGCCACCAAGGGCUUCGCCGCCGAUGCCAUCAUCGGCGACGGAAGCUUCGGGUUCGUCUACAGGGCCCGACUCUCCUCUGGCAACAUCGUCGCCGUCAAGCGCCUCUCCCCCGACGCCUUUCACGGCCUCCGGGAGUUCCACGCCGAGAUGGAGACCCUCGGCCGCCUCAACCACCCCCGCCUCGCCCGCAUCCUCGGCUACUGCGUCUCCGGCGAGGACCGCCUCCUCAUCUACGAGUUCCACGAGCGCGGCUCCCUCGACCACUGGCUCCACGAGUCCGACUCGGUCUCCUUCCCGCUCCCCUGGCCGAUCCGGGUCGGGAUCGUCCGCGGGGUGGCCGCCGGCCUCGCCUACCUCCACGAGGAGUGCAAGCCGCGGAUCAUCCACCGGGACAUCAAGUCGAGCAACGUGCUGCUCGACGCCGACUUCGGGCCGAGGAUCGCCGACUUCGGGCUGGCGCGGCGUGUGGACGCGGCGCGGACGCACGUGUCGACGCAAGUGGCGGGGACGAUGGGGUACAUGCCGCCGGAGUACAAGGAGGGGCUGACGGCGGCGACGGUGGCGGCGGAUGUUUACAGCUUCGGGGUGCUGAUGGUGGAGGUGGCGGCCGGUGAGCGGCCGAAUUUGCUCCGGCGAGGGGAGGACGGGAAGGAGGUGAGUCUGGUGGCGUGGGCGAGGAGGAUGGUGGAGGAGGGGAGGGGGAUGGAGGUGUUGAACGGGAACAUGGGGAAGGAAGGGGUGCGAGAGGAAGAAGUGAAGGGGUAUUUGGAGGUGGCGUGUAAGUGUACCGAUGAGAGCGCGAGGAAGAGGCCUACCAUGGGAGAGGUGGUCUCCCUUUUGGAUCGGAUUUAGUUUAAUUGUUGCAAUGGCACAAUGCACAUUGCUUUUGCUCGUUAUAAUUUAAUUGUUUUUGGUUGUUUUCGGAUCAUAUAUAUAUAUAUAUAUAUAUAUAUAUAUAUAUAUAUAUAUAUAUAUAUAUCUAUGUAUGCAUGAUGCAGACAAUCUGGAUGAAGGAUUCGGAUGUUUAAGCAUGUAUUGGAGUUCUUUGUUUGUGUGGAGAUUGAAAAUGGGCUGGACUUGGACUGUGCACCAUGCACCCAUGCCAUGUUUUGUGUUCUGUUUGUGACCUAUAGAUGCUGAGUUUAGCUAGAUCUGACUUCCAAAAAAAAAAAAGAACCUCGAUUUGGCUUCA